ACGCGUCGGUCAUGCUGAGGCAGGUCUGUGAAGCGCUGAGACAUCUUCACUCACGUGGUAUAUGUCACAACGAUGUCAAGCCGGAGAAUCUGCUACUAACAAGCAGAGCAUCCAACGCGUCCCUCAAGCUAGUUGAUUUCGGCACGAGCAUCUUCAUGGAUGAACCCGUGCUCUUUGACAAGCCGUCCGGCACUGCCGCAUACCGCUCACCAGAGACUAUCUGUCACCAGCCCAGCGAACGCUCUAUCGACAUGUGGGCGUUUGGGUAGGUGCAUAGAGC